UAUCAACAAAGAUUACCCGUCGAACAAAUACGGAUGGUUCGGUUAUAAAAAAUUAUGGCCGUUAAUCCUUCCAAAGCUUCAUCACAAUCAUCCAACAGCUUCCUUCCAACUGCCCAGUGAUGAGCCGCUGAAUAUUUACCAAGCACUUCACUCACAGCCAAAAAACUAUACCUGCUUAUACAUCUAUAUAUAAAGAGGCUGAUGGCCAUUAGUCUCCGAAAACAGAGUUAUAUUUUAAAAUAAUUGAAAGCAAAUUCUGGAGUUGUAAUUUCAGUGGGAAUGCCAUCAGCCUCUUUGUAAGAAGAAGUCCAACUUGCAGUCUUUCUGUUUCUUCUUUUGGCCAUUAGUUCACAAGCUGUUGAUGGCAUCUCCGUCUCCAUAUGCAAAUAAGCUCUUCAAUAACCCAGAUGGGAGUAUCAGUUUCAGGGUGGUGGCUCCAACUUGCCAGACAGCAUCCAUUGACUUGGACGGUGACGUGGAUAUCUUCUUCGAUUGUGAAGAAUGGCCAUGGCUAGAAUCCGAACCCGAGGAUGAUUUUCAGAAUGCCAAUGGCGAUCGCAUUCCUUGUUCAAAUAGCUCCGAGUCUCAAGGCUCCAUGAUGGGAACGGGUAUGAGCAUAGAAAUGGCAUUGACCAUGGAAAUGGAAAUGGACACGGACACAGACAUAAGGAUGAAGAUGCCGAUGUCAAAUGCCAUGAAGAAUAAGACUAUUCUAUCGAAAAACGAAUUGACCCGGAAUUUCAUUUCCGGAGAACAGAAGCUUUCUGACUUCUUUCAUCAGUAUGAAUUCUGGAAUCACUUGCACAUCAACAAAGAUGUUGAACUUGAGCAUAAUAACUAAGGUGGUCUGUUUAUUGAGGAUAGCUAUGGGGUUAAUCAAGCAGACGACGCUGGCCUUAGGAAGAAAGAGAUUUUCCAUAGCUUACCAACCACAACCACCAGACUCCGCUGUCAGUCAAAACGAAAACUGCAUUCUUCUUUCACAGAAACCAUUCCUCUGCCUCCACCUCCACCUCCACCACAGCCUCACUGUGGCUGCGCUGGUUGCCUUCCAAUAAAUUGGAACAGGCUUCUCUUUAGGGGGAGCAAGAAGCUUAAGUACCUGUUGAAGACAAGUAAACCAUCUUCCAAUUAAUUUUUCCUCAUUUCUAUGUAUAUCCAUAUGCUAAAGGCUGGUGUGUGAGACUGUAAGUGUUUUUUUGAGUCUUGUUCGUAAC